AGAUCUCCGUGUCGCUAUUACUCUUCGGAGAUUUCAGUCUGCUUCUUGCCUAAUUACUACUUCAUUCUCGAUUUCACCUUCUUUCCUCUGAACGUCUUUUCAAAAACAGCACCAGACAUCUUGGAAUAUGAGGUGAAGCAGAGUCGUCCGGCGGCAAAGAAGGUUCGGCGAAUGGAACUGUCCAGCGUCUCGAGGUGCUGAAAAAGUCUUCAGACGUUCGCUUGGAGAACGGGCAGCGUUAAGGCUGACGGGCCAAAUGCUAGGAAAGCUUGGUAGGGCGGCGCCACCUAUCUACUAAAUAGGAAUCGAGCGAAGAUUAACUCAAAACGACAGAGAAACACGAGGGUGGGAGGCGGCAUCAGGCGCAUUCGCAAGAGCACGCCCAGCUCCUGUACCCUCUCCGUGCCUGCUGAGCUAAUGGGAUAAGAGCCCCCUGGCAAGCGCCUCCCCCUUCCUGGGACCGCCCUCUCCUACUUGGGCAGCUAGAGUAAGCGCCUUCAGCAUCUGGAUGGCAAUGCUUCAGCCCAUCUGCUGAACCCGUGAAGAAGAUGGAAUCGUCUGGCAAGAGACCUCUUUACCCAGAAGAUGGAUUUGAACUGAAGCCAAGGACGUCUUGAAGAACUGCUUUCCUCCAUCCUGAGACCAGAUCCAUCAUGGCAGCGGGUGUAGCAGCAUGGCUUCCUUUUGCCAGGGCAGCUGCCAUAGGUUGGAUGCCAGUGGCCAACUGUCCCAUGCCACUGGCCCCAUCAGAAAAAAAUAAGCGCCAAGAUGAGCUAAUCAUUCUCAAUGUGAGUGGCCGACGUUUCCAGACAUGGAGGACUACCUUGGAGAGAUACCCUGAUACUCUACUUGGCAGCACCGAAAAAGAGUUCUUCUUUAAUGAAGACACCAAGGAAUACUUUUUUGACCGGGAUCCUGAUGUCUUUAGGUGUAUCUUAAACUUUUAUAGAACUGGUAAACUACAUUAUCCAAGGUAUGAGUGUAUCUCCGCUUAUGAUGAAGAGCUUGCUUUUUAUGGGAUCCUGCCUGAUAUCAUCGGAGACUGCUGUUAUGAAGAGUACAAGGAUAGAAAGCGGGAAAAUGCUGAGCGAUUGAUGGAUGAUGCGGAUUCUGAGAAUAAACAAGACUCUAUGCCAGCCUUGAGCUUCCGGCAGACCAUGUGGCGAGCUUUUGAGAACCCUCAUACUAGCACCUUAGCCUUAGUCUUUUAUUAUGUCACAGGCUUCUUUAUUGCUGUUUCUGUGAUCACCAAUGUGGUGGAAACCGUACCAUGUGGCUCAAUAUCCGGCAACAAGGAACAGCCAUGUGGGGAUAGGUAUGAAAUGGCUUUCUUCUGCUUGGACACUGCUUGUGUUAUGAUUUUUACAGUUGAAUACCUGAUGCGACUUUUUGCAGCUCCCAGCCGGUACCGGUUCGUCAGGAGUGUGAUGAGUAUCAUUGAUGUAGUGGCCAUUAUGCCCUACUACAUAGGUUUGGUGAUGACUGGCAAUGAGGAUGUCAGUGGAGCUUUUGUGACUCUGAGGGUUUUCAGGGUAUUCAGGAUUUUCAAGUUCUCCCGUCAUUCCCAAGGCUUACGAAUCUUGGGGUACACACUGAAUAAAUAA